AUGUCGAGAGUACGACUCGUGAAAGAGCUGAAGGAAGCUAGUCAGCAUCCUAACCCGGAUAUCGAUCUUGAGAUUAUUGGAGGGUCCUUUGAGCAUUGGGUGGCAGUCAUUCGCCCGCCCAAGACGGACCGGGCUUAUGGAGGUGGCAACUUCGUGUUGCAUCUACAAUGUGGUUCGAUGUAUCCCAUAGAGCCUCCCAAGGUUACUAUGAUUACGAAGAUAUUCCACCCUAAUGUCAAUUACAACACUGGUGAAAUAUGCUUGGACAUUCUCAAAAGAGAUGGAUGGUCACCGGCGUGGACAUUAACAUACGUUUGUAUGGCGAUUCUCUCCUUACUAGCCGAACCAAAUGCUGACAGUCCACUCAACUGUGAUGCGGGCAAUCUCCUUCGCAACGGUGACCGGAGAGGCUUCAACUCCCUAGCUCACAUGUACACCAUGGAAAAUGCCACGAAGAAGGAUGCGGAAAUGGACAGACAGAAGCUCGUUGAUACUGUCUGCCGCUAA